AUGACCGAGUCAAAGAUGAUGUGGGUACCGCUCGAGUCCAACCCGGAGCUCUUCACCACCUGGUGCUCGUCUAUGGGCAUGGACACGUCCAAAUUCGCUUUCCACGACAUCUACGGCACCGACCCCGACCUGCUCGCCAUGGUGCCGCAACCGGUCGCUGCCGUCCUCCUCCUCUUUCCGAUUACUGAUUCCGUAGCCAAGCUCCGUCAGGAGGAAAACGCAUCACCACAACCAACCCUUUCCGACUCCGACAAGAUCCUCUGGUUCAAGCAGACCAUCGGCAACGCCUGUGGCACCAUCGGUCUACUCCAUGCCCUUGCCAACUCGUCCGCUUCCUCCGCCAUCAAACCGGACUCGCCUCUCGACACACUCUUCAAAAAGGCAAGAUCAACACAGGAUGUAGACGAGAGGGCAAGCAUCUUGUACAACUCCAAAGAGCUCCAGACGGUUCACGAGGCAACAGCGAGCCAAGGUCAGAGCCAGGCUCCCGAGGACCUCGACAAUGUGCUUUUGCACUUUGUCUGCUUUGUCAGGAGCAAGGAUGGCGAGCUUGUGGAGCUGGACGGAUCAGGUGGCCGAACUGGUCCGCUGAACAGGGGUAAGAAGGUAGCUUCGCAAGAAAACCUUUUGCCCGUGGCGGUGGAGUAUGUCAAGGACAACUAUAUGGCAUUAAACCCGGAUGAGGUCAACUUCAACCUGAUCGCUCUUGGACCCUCUCUCGACUAG